AUGAGCAAACCAAUAGAAGAGCAAACCAGGAAUUUUAAACCAGAAAAGGAACAGCUUGUUUCAAUUUUUUUAUCUUCAAUGUCGAAGCUACUGAAGGAAGAAAUUUUGUAUAACAUUAAAAAGGAACAAGACGCUAAAGAUCAAGAAAAUGAAAAGAAAAUGAAUAAGCUAAGAACUCAAAAAGACACAGCAAUUAACAAUGAAAUAGUUACUCAACAUAAAUUAUUAAAUUAUGAAAAGGGAAUCAAUGAUUCGUUGCAAAAAAUUAGAGAUGAUUCUAAUAACUAUAUAAGUACUCUCAAAAACGACGAUUUGAUAUGGAUCACAUUAGACGAGUCUUAUUUGGGAUGCGAGAGAAUCAUCCGGCGAAGGUUUGGUGGUGUCAAGUUUGAACAGAAAGUAGUGAUCCGACCAAGUGUAUUAGACAACGAAGAAGUUUGUGUUGCUGAUCGAAAGUUUCAUGUCAAAAUAUUGCCACACAAGUUUUGUUGGCGUGUGAAGAACGAUUUGUACAUCUGUGUGAAAGACAUUACAGUGUUCACUCAUUUAAAUGGGAAAAAUUACGCGACUCCACCGAUGACGACGAAUGUUAUACGAUUUGGGGACAAAUUAGGGUUUGUAGAGAAUGAGUUGACAAUAGGGGAGUGCUACUUGGUGAAUGACAUUCAAUCAAUUAAGAAUCUUCAAGCACCACAAAUCCAAGUAGUCAAUAAUGACCCAAAAGAGUUUAUCACCAUUUUUGAAAACCUUUUAGAUGAACAAAAGAAAUACUCAAACAAACUUGAAAAAGAAGUGCAAGACAAAGUCGACCAAUUUAUUAAAUUGGCGGUGGAGUGCCAACAAGCGGCGAACGAAAAACUCGAAGCGGCAAAGAAGUUGGAGGGGGAUCUGCCAGAAAGGGAAAAACGAGUCCAAGAACUUAGUGAUCAAGCAAAGAGGGAAUUUAACACUAAUUUAAAACAGAAGAAGGAAUUGAUGGCUCGAGAAACUGAACUCCAUGAAGAGGAGAAACGUUGUGAAGCAAACACUCAACAAAUGAAUGGCAUGUUCAAUCAAUAUGAAAGAUUAAAAGAAGAUAUAAAAAACAGCGAAACAGAAUUGGCACAAUUCCAAGAACAAUUGUUAACGCGAAAGAACUUAUUGUUACAACAAGAAAAUAUAAUGGAAACACGGAUUAAAACUCUCGAGACAAGAGAACAAAUCAAUAAAAAUGUAACUCAAGAACUUGAAGAGCAGAGAAAGCGCUUAAAUGUGAUUGAAAAGAAACUAAUAGAAGAAAACAAAAUGAAUGGAAAGACACAAAUCGAUCUGUGGAAAAAGACGCAACUUAUUAGAGAGAGAGAAGUCGUCAUUAUGCAACGAGAAAAAGAGAAAGAAGAGGCGGAGUCAGAAUUUGUUGCACUGAAAAAGGACGUGCAGAGUUUAGAGGAGAAGAAAGAGGAGAUGGAAAAUAUACAAAAAGAAUUGGAAGGCAAAGCCAAAAAAGUCGAAGAAGACAAUAAAAGUCUUGAACAAUUAAAACUGCAAUUGACUGAGCAAUCUCAAGAACUUGAAAAGAAUAAGGAAUUAUUAAAACAGAGAAACUUGGAACUUGAUAAUCAAGAGAAACAACUUGCAGAGAAAGAAUUACAGUUGAAUCAAAAGGAACAAUGCCUUGCUCAACAGGAGGUAUUGAGAACAUCCAACACAAUCACUGAGUUGGAUCAAAACAUACAGAAAGAAGAAGAUGAUAACAUUUCGCAUCAAGAAGUAGCGGGUGUAUCGAACAUAACAAUUGGAACUGAAACAGAUCAAAAUGUUGAACAACGAGAAGACACUAAUAUUGUUCAAAAAGAGGCAUCGGGUUCACCUGACCCAACACAAGUCAGUGAUGCAAAUCAAAAUAUAGAGCAGACCGAGGAUGAUAAAACUGUUUCCGAAACAAAAGAUUUGCAGAAGACGGGGUCCGAGGAUGAUGUUCAGGAAAUUGCUGAAGAAGGCAUAACACCAAAUUAA